AUGCCGAAGGGGAUGCCGAGCUGCAAGGAUCUCUUCAAAUUCUCUGCGACGCACAAGGAGGAAGUGGAUUUCCGGUACAGUCUGGGCGAGGCGAUCGAGCAGGGUGUGCUGCGUGAUUAUGACCUCACCGUGCCGGUAACGACCGAGGGCCACCCCUACAUCUGCCUGGCCAACCUGCUGCUGUCGCAGGCCGGGCGCUUCCGGCGAGUGUUGGCGUACUGCAACUCCAUCGCGGAAGCCAAGCGGUUCCGGCGCGUGUUGAAGACCGUGGGGUUGGCGGCGUGGCACAUCAAUGGCGAGACCAGCCUCAAGGAACGCGAGCGGGUGAUGCGCCAAUUUUCUGGUGAGUUGACGAGGCGCGUGCAUGUGCUGGUGACGGUUCAGGUGCUUGGCGAGGGCGUCAACAUCCCGAACGCAGACACCUGCAUGUUCGUGGAGCCACGCAGCAGCUACGUAAGCAUCGUGCAGGCCAUCGGCCGGGUGUUGCGGGCGCACCCUUGCAAGCCCUUGGCCCACGUCGUCCUGCCCGCUCUUGCAGUCCCUCACAGUCCGGCUGGUGCACUCCCGAUUUCUGCAAAGAGCGCCAGUCCGCAAGUCGCAGUUUCUUCAGAGGCACCGCCACAUGCAAGCGCAGAGGUCUCGACGGCCUCGCCUUCUUCAAGCAUUCACGAAAGCCCAGUGCCAGAGAGGGUCGUGGACACCCGCAUCGCGCUUCAAGAAACACUGCUUGGAGGCCUUGAGCCUCACAUUUGGGAGGCCUCCGCCACUCAAAGUGCCCGCAACUCGCCGCCGGCCUUUCCCGGCAAGAAAGCUGCAGAUGGCCAGGAUGGGACUUCAAAGGAUGCUGGAGCGGAGGGCAUAGCUGGGGUACCCGCAGCAGGCCGAGGCGAACGAAAGCAAAGUGUAGAUGGUUGCGAGCAUCAGUCUGCAGAGCUCGAAGGGGGCAGCGUGGAUCGGGCUGGUGAGCCGCUCGUGCCAGUUCCGAAGCUUACGGCCGGAGAGGCAUGGCUUCGUAAUCGUAUUGUGACAACACAGCAGUCAACAGCUCCCAGACUAGCAGCAUCUGACUCGGACCCAGGCCUGGUUGCAAGCAUGCCUGACUUCGGGUUCACGCCUCUCAGCAGACCUGGCCAUUCAAGAUCAGCAGUCGGCAUGUCAAUGUGUGAGUCUGCAGUGAAAUUGCAGCAACCAUGCCUCCUUGACGUUGGGCCGCGGGUCCAGGCUUUGGGCCAGGACAGCAGCCUGUCGAGUGUUGAGGCUGUGACGCGUGACCACGGAAACGGAAGCAAAAUCGGGGCACCCUGCCCCGGCCGCAAUCUCAGAGUGAGGACACGGGCCGCUGGUGAUGCUGAAUUUCUUGGGAGCAGCUACUCAGAGCAGUUGGAUCGGUUCCUGGGCGCGAUAGCAAGAACUGACAGCCGCUUUGCUGAGCAGGAUGCAAGGUAUUUGCAGUCUCGCCUUUGGGUAACCGACGGCAGAUUGAACCGAGAGGUUUCACUGCAUCCACUGGUUCGCAGCAUGCAAUAUGAGCUGGCAAUGGUCCUGAAGCAGCACGAUCCAUGGGAUGUCCAUUUGCAAGCCGUCGAGCAGUUUGCUCAGGAGCGUGGCAGGCUCCCGGGCCAGAGAAGCACGUCGCUUGGCGAGAGGAUAUUGGGCAAUUGGCUGCGUAAUGUCGGUUACAUGCACACAAGGCGGAAGCUCCCAGCCGCGAAAAUGCAGAAGCUGUUGAACUCAUCGUGUGACAGUUUGAGGGCCCGUGCUGAGAAGUGGUUAGAUCCUUCCACAGCCUUUGAGAGGCGGCUGGAGGAGUUGCAGCGGUUUGUCCAGGAGCAUGGCAGGCUACCGCGCCAGCGAAGUUCAAGUCCUACGGAGAGACUUUUGGGCCUCUGGCUGGGCAAUAUCGGCUACAGGCAGAAGAAGCAGAGUCUCCCAUCCGACAAUAUGCAGAAAAUGCUGAACUCAUCGUGUAUAAUGAUAAGGGCAGUUGCUUCGCGGUGGCUGCAUCCUGCUCCUCCUACAGUCUUCGAGCGGCAAGUGGAGGAGUUGCAGCGGUUUGUCCAAACUCAUAACCGCAUGCCCCAGGGAGGCAGAGCGAGUCCUGCUGGCGAGCGCAAGCUGCUCAAUGGGCUGAUGGACAAAGUUAAACCCGGCUUAAGCAGCAGCACUAGAACGAAGCGGCUCCGGCUUUUGGCGAAGCUCGACCCCGUUGUGGCAGAGUGGGUGGGGUUAAGGCCAAGAAAGCCCAGAGUCCAAUUGAGGCUAUGGAAGGCACGGUUUUCUGCACUUCGUGACUUUGUGAGAACGAACCACAGACUGCCGAGCCGGAAGUAUGGCGAGAUUGGGAAGCAUGGAAGGCGUGGAGAGAGCAGCCUGAAUAUUUGGUUGGUCAGGCAGCGGAGACUGCUCGCGAGUCUCCCCUCCGAUCUUCGUGCAGCACUUUUCGGUUCCCAUCCGGCAAUCGCUGCAUAUUUGGAAAGCGGAGUAUGA